AUACAUUAGCAUUUACUUCUGUACGAUAACAAAUCUUCAAGAUGGCGACGAUAGACAAGAAGAAGACUUUCGACUUUCGAAUGUCGAAAAAAGUGGCAGAAUUGACUCAGGUGGUUCAUAUGCUUUUUACAAGAAACCAUGAGAAAGAAGUUGAAAUUGAAGCGAUUAAAGACGCUUAUGAGUUUGAACUAUCACUGGUGAUGGAGGAUGCCGAGGGUAGAAUAGCGUCGUUGGAGCAGAAACGUAAGGAUCUAGAGGCAUUGCUAGAUAAAGAACGUUUAGCCGGGAAAGAACGGGUAAAAGAGGCUAUACAAGAACAAGCUGACGCAAGAGAAGAGCACUGGAAACAACAAAUUGAAGUUUUAGAAAAGCAGUUGUCAGAGGAAAAAUCAGACAGUCAAAAUUUACGAGAUUUAUUGAUCAAUGCUCAGAAAGACAUCGAAAAAUUAAGAGAAGGUGUUGCGGAGCAACUGAAGAUUAAAAAUGAGGAGAUUCAAAGCAAAAACAGAGAACUUGAGAGGUUACGGCGGUUAUUAGCCGAACUAGAGAAAAGUUCAUCCGACAAAGAAGUCCAAUACCAGGAGGCAAUAAAAGAGUUGGAAAGGACCAAUGAGAAACUGGAGCGAGAACUAGCUCAGCUCCAGGCUCUUCUAGAGGAAACGCAUAGAAAUAAGAUUCAGUUGGAGGCGAAAAAUGUGAAAUUAGAGACAGAUUUGAAAAAUCUGAAGAAAGAUUUCGGUAGGAAAGUAGCAGAAGUUGUAGCAACACAACAAAGGCAGCAAAACCAACAACAGAACCAUGUACCUCCUCCACGGAGUGCUACCAAUUUCACCCAAGACAGAAAUUGCUCAAAACCUCAACAGGUAAAUCUUCUGAUAACCAGAAUGAAUAUAGAACCAUUGAAGGAUGAUGUAAAACAAGAUUAUAACGAUGAAGUAGAGAAACUCCGAAAGGAAGUUCAAAGAUACCGAAUGGAACUUUCAAACCGUGAUGGCAACUUCAAUCGGAUGUUCAGCAAUAGUCAGCCAAUGGUUGUAGACCCUAGAGCAGGGAAAAUUGGGGUUAGUCAAAAUCAGAUCCUGUCUGGAAAUUCCGCCACGUACACCGAGACGAUAGGACUUCCGGUCAGGGAAAAGUCAUUCUCGUAUGCAUUUGUACAAUCAAUUGAUGACAAGCAAAGGCCGGCGAGCUCCCGUGUUUCCUCGGCUACAGCGAGACUCCCUUCACUGACCCAGGAGCAAAGGUCAAGGUUGACCAAGCUGAUGAAACCACGCCCUCUUCCCAAAGAGAUGCUCUACGGCAAAUGACAUGAGGAGAAGCCAGGCUCAGGCGCAAUGUAAACAAGAAAAUGGAAGAAAACA